AAGCUGAAUCACAUCGUCUUCUCCGCCAUUUUUCCUACUUCCUCCCUUCCUGUCUCUACAAUUCAUCAAUCUAACAACAACUGCAUUUCAUUCUACCAUCUCUCUACAAUGGCUUCCAUAAUUCAAGCUAGGGUUCCCAAAGUUCACUUAUCAUCUUCUUUCACAUCAUCAAUGUCCAGACUCCAGUUACGUCCGUCCUCAUUGCCAGUUAUUAAUCGGCGGAGGAGCUCGACUGUAACAGCUAAGAUCAGAGAGAUCUUCAUGCCUGCUCUCAGCUCUACUAUGACUGAAGGUAAGAUCGUCUCCUGGAUCAAAUCCGAAGGCGAAGUCCUCUCCAAAGGCGAAUCCGUCGUCGUUGUCGAAUCUGAUAAGGCUGAUAUGGACGUCGAGACCUUCUACGACGGCAUUCUAGCUGUUAUCGUCGUUGGAGAAGGUGAAGUUGCUCCUGUUGGUGCUCCUAUCGGUUUACUCGCUGAAACCGAAGAUGAAAUUGCAGAAGCCAAAGCUAAGGCAGCAGCAGCCAAUGUAUCAUCAUCAUCAUCUCCUCCUCCUCCACCUGCUGCUCCAGUAGCUGCUGCUGCUCCUGCUCCUGUUCCAGUUAACUCUGCAACUCCAGCAUCUAGUGACGGUCCAAAAAAGAUCGUUUCAACGCCAUAUGCAAAGAAACUGGCGAAACAGCACAAAAUCGAUAUCAAUUCAGUCACCGGUACUGGACCUUUCGGUAGGAUCACUCCGGCGGAUAUUGAAUCUGCUGCUGGAAUUAAGCCAGCGAGUCAGAGUCAGAGUCAGGUAGUAACCGCUGCACCUCCAUCUUCAUCACCACCUCCUCCUUCAAAGGAAGUUCCAACUACAUCUUAUCCCGAGAUUGCAGGAUCUUCUGUGGUUCCAUUCACCACAAUGCAAUCAGCAGUGUCGAAAAACAUGAUUGAAAGCCUCUCGGUCCCAGUUUUUCGAGUUGGUUAUCCUGUAUCUACAGAUGCUCUUGAUGCUCUUUAUGACAAGGUUAAGAAGAAGGGUGUGACAAUGACAGCGUUGCUGGCAAAGGCGGCAGCCAUGGCAAUUGCACAGCAUCCUAUUGUGAAUGCUACAUGCAAGGAUGGUAAGAGUUUUACCUACAAUAACAGUAUUAAUAUAGCUGUUGCUGUGGCAAUUAACGGUGGACUGAUAACCCCUGUUCUUCAGGACGCUGACAAGUUGGAUCUUUAUCUGUUGUCUCAAAAAUGGAAAGAAUUGGUAGAGAAAGCUAGGUCAAAACAACUUCAGCCACAUGAGUAUAAUUCAGGGACUUUUACUCUCUCCAAUUUGGGCAUGUUUGGAGUUGAUAGGUUCGAUGCUAUUCUUCCACCAGGCCAGGGGGCUAUUAUGGCUGUUGGAGCUUCUAAGCCAACUGUCGUUACUGAUGCAGAUGGUUUCUUCAGUGUCAAGAAUAAGAUGCUGGUAAACGUUACUGCUGAUCAUCGGAUCAUCUAUGGUGCUGAUUUGGCUGCAUUCUUGCAAACUUUCGCAAAGAUUGUUCAGAAUCCCGAGAGCCUUACAAUGUAAAGGACAUUCAAAGGGUAGGCAAUUUGGUUAUCUUUUAUCAUCAUCAUCAUCAUGUAUUCUCGAUCAAUGAACCAUGUUUCUCAUUGUAGUAGUGUUUGGCAAAUUUUGAGAACGAACAGGAUUGAGACACUCAGUUAUGUUUUUCAUUUCUUUUUAACUUAUAACUUGUUCCAUCUCUAUAAAAUCUCUCAUCCAAGUUGGAAUGAGACAUGUUCAAUUA